AUGGCGGUUGUUCCUCCCAUAAAGAUUACAUUGCAGCGCAUCGCAAGUCCAGAUGCAUUCCACACGCUUUUGCAAACCUUUGAUGGGUUGCCGAAUAAUCCCGCGUCCCUGUACCUCUCCAACACUUCUCACGACCUGAUCAUCUACGUUGCGCCAACGCGCAUAGUCAACUCGAUCAAUAUCUCUUACUUGAGCAAAGCGCUCUCAAAUCAAGAUGAGGGAGCAUCUUCACUGAAAGGUUUCCUCGAGACAGGUGCUGCAACCCUAGUCUUCUUCGACGCGCGCAAGACAGCGAAGAUUCUGUUCGAGAAAUGCGACAUCAAGCUAUCCAACCCACCUUCUACGGAACGAGCCCGCAUUCACGAAGUACAGAUGAUAGAGCUUGCAGUGCGUGAGGGUGACUAUGGUCGCAAAUGGCUAGCGAGCCUUGACAGGUGUAUCGCCCGGGACUCAGAUCUUGAUGUUGAUGCGCUUAUGCCAGACGAUUGGAUUGGCAUCAACCAGUUCGACAGCAGAAUCCUGCAUCUACCAGUGUUGUGGAAGAAAUACCAUGACCAGUUACAUGCCAGGCGUUACGGCUUCGCCGGAGGGGGCUUUUGGGUGGCCAAGAUUCGGACGGAUACCAAAUUGCGACUGGCCGUGUCGUGUGGUGAAUUCCACCAUGGGUACGCCGUCGACGGUGCUAACAGCAAUUGGGACAGGGAACGUGUAGAAGAGGAGACUGAGGCCUGGAAUGAAGAGGUUGAGCAUGAUGCAUACCAUGACGGCGAGAUACUGGGUGCGGAUCAUUGGGCCAAGUUUAAUCUGUUGUGA